AUGGGAACUAUUUCACCUCAUCGCUUGUCAGUUUUAUCCAAAGAAGAUUGUUGGUUGUUGUUCAGGCAACGAGCAUUUGGACUUGGAAAUGAAGAACGCCCAAAUGUUGUUGCCAUUAGGAAGGAGAUAGUGAAGAAGUGCGGGGGUGUGCCUUUAGCUGCAAAGGCCCUCGGAGGGCUAAUGCGCUUCAAAAGUGAGGAAAAAGAGUGGCUUCAUGUUAAGGAAAACUACUGUUUGAUGCUUGAGAGAUUGCCCCAGAACAUGAGGUGCCUGAGAUGUCUCCGACAUCUUUUUCUAUCACGGUGUCCGUUAAUUGAGAUGCCCCCCAAAAUUGGGCAGCUGACUAACCUGAAGACAUUAAAUAAAUUUAUUGUGGGUAAGAGCACUGAUUGGAGUCUCCUAGCUGAAUUGAAAUGCUUAAACCUUCAAGGAGAACUUUGUAUCUCCUACCUUGAGAGAGUGAGAAAUCCGAUGGAUGCAAAAGAAGCCAAUUUAGUGGGAAUGCAAAAUCUUAGUCAGUUGCAACUAAAUUGGAAAUAUGAAUUUGCUGAAUAUGAAUCACAAGAAAAUGUUGAAUCUGAAGCACAGGAAAAUGUUAAAUCUGAGCUAGUACUUGAAGCCCUUCAACCUCAUCCAAACCUAAAGGAGUUGAUCGUAAGAGGGUACAAAGGUACUCAAUUCCCGCUCUGGAUGAGGGGUUCAUAUCUUCAAAAUGUAGUUAAUAUCCAGCUCUCCAGGUGCAACAACUGCUUACAACUUCCACCGCUUGGACAACUACCUUUGCUACAAAGCCUUGAAGUUAAUGGAAUGAAAGUAGUGGGGUGUAUUGAAAACGAAUAUCCUGGCGGUGGAGGAUUCCCAUCUUUGGAAGAACUCGCAGUUCGCUAUUGUCCGAAAUUGGAAGGUUUGUCAAGGGAGGAGGGAAGAGAGUUGUUCCCUCGUCUUCGUAAGAUAGAUAUUAUUGAUUGUCCUAAAUUGAGCUACCCGUAUCUUUCGGCUCCCAAAGAAUUGUCGUUGCUUGGCGAGUGCACCACCAUGGUACUAAAUUCAAUAUCAAAUCUUAAUGGUCUCACUUCCCUCACUAUUAUUGGUUAUGCUGACAAGAUGGUUUGUUUUCCAAAAGAUUUUCUGAGGAACCUUACUCUUCUUGAGUCACUAGUGAUUGAGAAUUAUCAUGAGCUUAAAGUGUUGCCUAGAGACCUUGCAAGCCUUGUCACAUUGAAGUCAUUGAAGAUCGAAGGAUGUCCAAAGCUCGAGUCUUUGCCAGAGGAAGGGCUACGAGGCUGUGAAUCUUUCCAAUCGUUGCACAUUAUCAACUGCCGUGAACUGGAAAGGCAAUGUGAGAAGGGAAAGGGGGAGGAUUGGUAUAAGAUUGCGCACAUACCAGAAAUCACUAUUAAGAUUGGUUUGCUUCAAAAUGGCCAUAAAUGUCUAAAGUUUGCUUUCUAUACUGUUGAUGGUAUGAAUUUGUGGCUACCUAUGACAGGGUGCUGCCAUGCUCUUUGGGUCACGAUGGCUGCUGCUAGUAUUGAAGUGGCUGUGGCAUCGAAUGCUUUGUUGGUGGGAAGGUUUUGGGUUGUUCAUGGGUAUGAGAUUAUCUAA